AUGACUUUGAGAUUGCCAUUAUCGACGCGAUGCCUUAAGGAUAGACUUUCGUUAAGGCCGGUUGCGUCUGUUUGCCAGGCGAGCCGCUUCUCUACCACAUUCAAGGUUCAACAAGCAGACCCAGAACAAGAGAACUCUAUGCCAUGGUACUUGAGGAAAGAAAAUUCAUCAAAAGCGGAGGAUAUCACUCACGAACAGCUUCCUGAAUUACCCAACACAAUACCUAAUAGCAUCAAAGAUCUUCUUAAAUUGCUAACUGAGAAAUACGGGCUCACGAGUUUAAACGUGUACGACUUAGCUUCACUCCCGCAAGAUCACCCGAAGCAUGCAGAUCAGCAUUCUUCCGAAAGAUUUAUCAUCAUUGCCUCCGGAAAGUCUGAAAAACAUAUAUAUAAAGCAUCGUAUGAGAUAAAACAGCACAUAAAGCACAAUUUCGGUUAUUUGCCCCUCAUUGAAGGUAUGACGUCUAAUUCCAUAAGCUCCAGAACUCGCAAAAGAUUAGCGAAAAGAGCUAGACAGGGUCCCCCAGCAACUCACAAUACUUUUGGUAUUGGUGCUAAUUCGUGGGUGAGAUGCGACUUAGGAGUUGACGGUGCAGUGGUACAUAUCUUGAGUGACGACCGCAGAUCGGAGUUGGAUUUGGAACUGCUUUAUCAAGAGAAUGUUACAGGAGAAGCAGUCGCUCCUCAAUUACCUAGAAGGGAUUACGAGGAUACAGGGAGUGUAUUUUAUGGUUUGCGAAGGAAUUUUCAUACCUUCUCGAAACUUCAAAACGCAGUAGAGUUACAUCGGGUUGCUAAAGCUUGUAUGGAAAAUAUUGCAAACAGUAAAACAGAAUCUUACAAGACUGAAUUUAACGGUACGUUUACUGGUUCUACGGUACAAGAAUGGGCAGAGAGGUUUGCAUUCUACAAGAAUCUCUAUUUAGCUAAUCCAAUGGCCGCGACAUUCGCCGAUGUCGAACAAACUCUACUAGAUAAGCAUUCCUCAGCAAAAUUACUUGGAGAAGACAUCAACUGGAAUCAAGAAAUAGUGAACGAUGUGAUCAAAUACAUGGAGCUUUUGUUGGAUAUGAGGGAGCCUCUUCCAGUGACUGAAAAACUUGCCAGGCUUUCCAGCUUCAUUUCAAGUCUUACCACGUUUUCGAGAGACGAGAUCCACUUUUUUGCUGUUGACAAAUUCCAGGCUUUAUUAUGGUCCUUGACUUGUGAUGGGUAUAUUUCAAUUGAUGCUGCGCGUUUGCAUACUAUAAUUCAAACUGGUGACGGGUUGGAACCUGAAAGUCGUCAAGCUGUUCAAGACUUACGGGCCGCACAAAAUGUGAGGGAACUAUUGAGGACGAUAAACUUUGAUAAACGAGGGGCGGUGCCGCUUUGGCUCAGAGAGCAAAUGUUGUACACCUACGCAAAUGCAAGGAAUUGGGACUAUUUUUGGAAAGAAUGGGAUACAAUACAGCAGUCUUUAAAUACACCUGCUGAGUUUUUGGACAUGCAAGCAAAAACUAUAGUGCUUCUAGCAAUGAUCAACGAUAGAAUUGCAUUGCGAGACUUUUUUGGCAAGUUCUGGGACAGUUCAAACAGCCAGUCAUUCAUGAAUCAAUGGAAGAGCAAUGGAUCUCAUUUUAACACUGAACAGGAGAAGCUUGCGUUGAAAAGGGCGUUAACUUUAAUCCAUCAGAAUCAUGGCUCCACUCCAUGGCUUGAAAAUGCUCGGGUAUUCGCUACCACUUUGUAA